AUGACACUGCAGCACAGCACAGGCGAUCAGCAUCAUCUCCCCAAAAUGACCAACAUCUCCACGGUGGCUGAAUUCCUCCUCCAGGGGUUCUCUGACAUCCGGGAGCUGCAGCUGCUCCAUGCCACGCUGUUCGUCCUUAUCUACCUAGUGGCCCUUCUGGGGAAUCUCCUCAUUAUUGCUGUCACCACCCUCGACCAGCGUCUCCACACCCCCAUGUACUUCUUUCUUAAGAACUUGUCCUUCAUUGAUCUCUGCUACAUUUCUACCACGGUACCCAAAUCCAUCGUCAACUCCUUGAGCAGUGACAGCUCCAUCUCCUUUCUGGGUUGUGCCUCACAGCUCUUCCUACUGGUCUUGUUUGGUGCUUCAGAGCUUUGUGUCCUCACUGCAAUGUCUUAUGACCGCUAUGCCGCCAUCUGCUCCCCACUGCGUUAUGUGCUCAUCAUGAACAAAACAGCCUGUAUGCACAUGGCAGCAGCAUCUUGGCUCAGUGGAGGUCUGUUUGGAGUCUUGUUUUCAGCUUCUACUUUCUCCUUGAACUUUUGUGGAUCCAAUGCUGUCCAGCAGUUCUUCUGUGAUGUCCCCCCUCCGCUGAAGAUCUCCUGCUCUGAAGUCCACAUUGCCAUUGAUGUGAGUGUGGCUGCUGCAUUCGUCUUGGAUGCUGUCUGCUUCACUUACGUCACCCUCUCUUAUGUCUUCAUCUUCUCAGCCGUACUGAGGAUCCCAUCCUCCGAGGGCCGAACCAAAGCCUUCUCCACCUGCCUGCCCCAUCUCACUGUCUUCAUCAUUUUUGUCUUUACCGCAGCAUUUGCCUAUCUCAAACCACUUUCAGACUCGCCCUCGGCUCUGGAUCUGAUGGUUUCCAUGUUAUACUCUGUGGUGCCCCCCACUGUGAACCCCCUUAUCUACAUCCUGAGGAACAGGGACCUGAAGACUGCCCUGGGCAAGAUCCUAAGGGGACAUUUCCCCAGCAUCCAUGCUGCAACAAAAUGCCUGUGUCCAUGUACCGAUAAUCCCCUACCCGCCUUUAAAGGAGGAAUUGCCAUUGGACUUAUCCAUAUAUAUCCCACUGAACCAGAGUCCCAGAGAAGAAGUCCGGAUAUUCAGGAUUGUCAAGUGAAUGGACACAUCUCUCCAGGAACGUCCCAUUCUCCAACUGGAAAUGUUCUGGUAGUUCAUCCACAGAGUUUCCUCGUCUCACCAGUUCAUUGCUACGAGGGCCUGGCAGACAUGGUGGACACCCAUUUACCGUUUGACCCUCCCUGA